CUCAGCCGCCCGGUGAUAUUGACAAUAGGAGAGAGAAAGGGGCAUUGACGGGAACCCACCGCGCGUACCGAACGGCGACUCUGGCAUCGGCAGCUCCAGCCCCAGCGGCUCCUCCUCCUUCUUCCUGCUCCUGCUGCCGUUGCGGAUCCAAUCUUCCUCCUUCCCUUCCCCCCCUCCCCACGUCGUCGCCGCCGCUGGGUCCGGGGCAACGAUCAGAGGCGCCGCCCGCCGGGAAUGUGAGCAAGGAGCCUCCGGCGGAGCCGCAACGGGGUCGGUGCCGAUUUGAUGGGACGGGUCCACGGGGGAGGAUCGUGAGGCUGCCGCCGCUGCUGCUGCCGGAGAGCUGAGGUUCAGGUCCAGUCGUGAGGCCUAGAGGCGCCGCCGCCUCGGAACCGGAGGAACGCCGCGCCGGACAGCCGUCGCCCCGGGCUCCCCGCCGCUGCCCCGACCUCCCCCUGCACGCCCCGGUCCCGCCGCCCGCCCCCGCUGCGGUCCCUUUGCCCGGCUCCCGCCCCUUGAAAGCACAGAUCAUCUUCAGAUUCUUCCCCAGAAGCUUCAAGUAGGGAUAUGUCCUCAGCACCUACUACUCCUCCAUCAGUGGAUAAAGUAGACGGAUUUUCUCGGAAGUCCGUCAGAAAAGCCAGACAGAAGAGGUCGCAAAGUUCCUCACAGUUUAGGUCCCAAGGCAAACCUAUUGAGUUAACACCUCUGCCGCUGCUAAAAGACGUUCCAUCCUCAGAGCAGCCUGAACUGUUCCUAAAGAAACUUCAGCAGUGCUGUGUCAUUUUUGACUUCAUGGACACGCUAUCUGAUCUUAAAAUGAAAGAAUACAAGCGCUCCACUCUUAAUGAACUGGUGGACUACAUUACAAUAAGCAGAGGCUGUUUGACAGAGCAGACUUACCCUGAAGUAGUUAGAAUGGUAUCUUGCAAUAUAUUCAGAACUCUCCCUCCUAGUGACAGCAAUGAAUUUGAUCCAGAAGAAGAUGAACCUACCCUUGAGGCAUCGUGGCCACACUUACAGCUUGUAUAUGAAUUUUUCAUACGAUUUUUGGAAAGUCAAGAAUUCCAGCCCAGCAUUGCCAAAAAAUACAUAGAUCAGAAAUUUGUAUUACAGCUUUUGGAACUAUUUGACAGUGAAGACCCUCGGGAACGAGACUAUUUAAAAACAGUCUUACACAGAAUUUACGGCAAGUUUCUUGGUCUUAGAGCAUUUAUCCGAAAACAGAUUAACAAUAUUUUUCUAAGGUUUGUUUAUGAAACAGAACACUUCAAUGGUGUAGCUGAACUGUUGGAAAUAUUAGGAAGUAUUAUCAAUGGCUUUGCUUUACCUCUUAAGGCAGAACACAAACAGUUUCUGGUGAAAGUGUUGAUCCCUUUACACACUGUCAGGAGUUUAUCACUCUUCCAUGCUCAGCUGGCAUAUUGCAUAGUACAGUUUCUGGAGAAAGAUCCUUCACUCACAGAACCAGUUAUUAGGGGAUUAAUGAAAUUUUGGCCCAAAACAUGUAGUCAAAAAGAGGUUAUGUUUCUUGGGGAGCUGGAAGAAAUAUUGGAUGUUAUUGAACCUUCACAGUUUGUUAAAAUUCAAGAACCUUUGUUUAAACAAAUUGCCAAGUGUGUAUCUAGCCCCCAUUUUCAGGUGGCAGAAAGAGCACUCUAUUAUUGGAAUAAUGAAUAUAUCAUGAGUUUGAUAGAAGAAAACUCGAAUGUCAUCCUUCCCAUCAUGUUCUCCAGUCUUUAUAGGAUUUCGAAAGAACACUGGAAUCCGGCUAUCGUGGCGUUAGUGUACAACGUGUUGAAGGCGUUUAUGGAAAUGAACAGCACCAUGUUUGAUGAGCUGACGGCCACAUACAAGUCAGAUCGUCAGCGUGAGAAAAAGAAAGAAAAAGAGCGUGAAGAAUUGUGGAAAAAAUUGGAGGAUCUGGAAUUAAAGAGAGGUCUUAGACGUGAUGGGAUAAUUCCAACUUAACAGAAACAAGAACAACAUUACUAACCUGUGGAGUCACACAUUUAUGUAGUAGAAGAUGGAGCAACAGUUUUCUGUAUUGUGCAACUUUACAGUAGAUUUCACAUUUGUUUCAUUAUUACAACAGCACUGUAUAUACCUACCUGUCUCUAAGUAAAGGAAAAACAAAAUAAGGACUUCAAUCCAAAGUUUGGACAGUAGAUGGACUUCUCAGACCUUUGCAAACAUAAUCAUUGUUCUAACCCUCUUAAGAAAAACAAAAAACAAACAAAAAAAGCAGUCUUCAGAGAUCUGUUGAUGAAAUUUCUGUGUUAAAAAUUUCAUUGUCAGGAGUUCCUUAUUUAUCAUUAGCAGAGAGUAUGAUACAAUUUUCAAAUGUGAACAAUCUUCAAUUUAGCUUGUCUUUCUGCUAAGCUGUUAAAUGUAUUUAUAGUAAAUGGAG